UUAAAUUAUUUAACAAUAAUUAAGAAUAAACAAAAAAAUUUAUUAAAAAUGGCAUUCAAACAAGUUUGUACUUCAUUGUUGGUAACAGUAGCUUGUUGCAGCGUUUUAUCAGUGGCAACACCACUCAGUUACUUAAGAGAUAACGACCAAAAUGGUUUCCCUUUCGGAAAUCAAGGCUCAUUUACUUACUUGAGAGAUAAUGACCAAGUAUCAGCCGUUUAUCCAGUACAGUCAGGACCAGUAAACUAUAUCAACAACAUUGGUAGCUCUCAAGUACAAACUAUUGGUUCAUAUCCAGGUGUAAUUGGCAAUGUUGGACUAGUUGGAAACAAUGGAUUUGGUUCCAAUAUCAUAAACAACGUUAAUAACGUAAAUGGAUUAAACGGUUUAUCAACAAUCCAAUAUCCCACUUUUGCACAAGCUCCACUUGUAAGCUACCCAAGUGUUCAACAAGUCUUGCCAGUUGCUCAAUAUGCUGUUCAACAACCAGCUUACAUUGGUGGGCCAGUAGGAUACUCAAACAAUAACAAUCAAAUCACCAACAACCAAGUUGCUCCAGUUGAAAUCAACUAUGGUCGCUAGAAAAUUGUGACCAUAUCAGAAAAAUUUGUUAUUUUUGUGAAAUCAUAAUAAU